GGCCGCAUCCGCGAGAUCGAGCUCAAGAACCGGCACGGCCUCGUGCCCUUCGCCUUCGUGCGCUUCGAGGACCCCCGAGAUGCUGAGGAUGCAAUUUAUGGAAGGAACGGUUAUGAUUAUGGCCAAUGUCGGCUUCGUGUGGAGUUCCCCAGGACUUAUGGAGGUCGGGGUGGGUGGCCCCGUGGUGGAAGGAAUGGGCCUCCUACAAGAAGAUCUGAUUUCCGAGUUCUUGUUUCAGGACUCCCUCCAUCAGGCAGCUGGCAGGACCUGAAGGAUCACAUGCGAGAAGCUGGGGACGUCUGUUAUGCAGAUGUGCAGAAAGAUGGAAUGGGGAUGGUUGAAUAUCUCAGAAAAGAAGAUAUGGAAUAUGCCCUGCGUAAACUGGAUGACACCAAAUUCCGCUCUCAUGAGGGUGAAACUUCCUACAUCCGAGUUUAUCCAGAGAGAAGCACCAGCUAUGGCUACUCACGGUCUCGGUCUGGGUCAAGGGGCCGUGACUCUCCAUACCAAAGCAGGGGUUCCCCACACUACUUCUCUCCUUUCAGACCCUACUGAGACAGGUGAUGGGAAUUUUUUCUUUAUUUUUUAGGUGAACUGAGCUGCUUUGUGCUCAGAAUCUACAUUCCAGAUUGAUGACUUAGUGUCUUAGGAAAUUUUUUAAAUUUUUUUUUAAAGGAAAUAAAACUACAUAAUUUCUACCAGGGCCAUAUUAGCAGUGAAACAUUUUUAACUGCAGAAAUUGUGGUUUUGGUUCAGAAACAAGUUGUAUAUUUUUCACCCCUGAUUAUGGGAAAAAAAUCAGUGCUGUGUCUUUGUGGGUUGCUCUUCUAUGGAGAUCAGCAGUUACUGUGACUGAGUCGGCCCAUUCUGUUUAGAAAUAUAUUUUAACGUUUAGUAAUU